ACUCGGGCUCCAUUAGCUCUUCCCUGGCCCCCAGGUGGAAUCAACCCCAUUCCCUCCAGGUGCUUAAUAAGCACACGCUUGGUGUUCUGUUGACUUCUGGUGAGGAACCAGAAGCCCUGGAGGGACUUAGGGAUGUAGAGUCUUCCUUCUGUACCCCUUACUGGUUUUCCCAGAGUAGGAGCCCUGGAGCUCAACAGUGGCUCCUGGCACCUAUUAAGCACUCAGAUUUUGAUUGGACUGCCAUAUGACCCCCCAAGGGACAAAACAGAAUGACCUGAUAACACACUGGAGGCCCUUCACCCAGACUUCACCUCCGAGAAAUGCCCAGAAACUUCUGGGGGAGGCGCUUGCCAGCCUGGACAUCCCAGGGGCUCAGCGGGCGGCCCAGCCCUGCCUCCUGUCAUCAGUGUAAUGCAUUCAUAUCUACAGGAUGGCAAAUUUCAUAUCCUCCCACCCUCUUUCCUGCAUUAUUGAUGACUGCACUUUUAAAAAAAUCAAUUAUAUCAGGGCGUGGAACUGGAGUUAAAAAGAAGCCUUUAAAAGUCUGCUCUUGUUUUUGCUCUUUUGAAUAGGAACAGAUAAAGCUUUCCCUCUGGUUUGAAUAAGUCAAGCCCAGGGCUAGGUUGGCUGUGAUUGGCCAGGACUAGGAAAAUGCAGUUAAGAUGCAAACCCAAGCAAAUAAAACCCAGUGUCUGCACAGCCAUUACUAAGAGAAGGCAGCAGGGCCUGGAGCCUCCUGCAUUGGGUGGUUCCUCAACACUGCUUACUUGCUGCCAGAAAACUGGGAAGACGGGUAGAAGGCAAGGUAAGUUCUCUUUGGUUUAUGGGUGCAUGUCAGUAGAGCAUGGAUUAGAAAGAAACAAGAGAUUGAAAUUUCCUUGGCCUUGUCUUCUUGGAUGAGACUUUUAGAGGAUUGAACCAGGAGCUUGUCAGUUUUGCAAACUUCCUGCUGACAAGGUGAGGUAAUUUUUAAGAGAUCCCUAAACAUUAAGGCAUAUUUUCAAAAACUAAGAAAGAGAAUACCCCAGCUCAAAAAGAUGGUGUAGAGCAAGGCAUAAAUGAAAACCAGCUUCCUCUACUUGGGGUCCAUUCAUAGGAGUGUUGAUAGGAAUUAAGGGCCACUACCUUUUAACCUGGGAUUUCAAAACUGCACCCCACCCAGCGGUAGUGUCAAAGGGUACUAAGUUAAUAAAUUAGGAGUUGAGGAGGGACGGAGAGACGCUUUGGGAGACUUCGGUGUCAGUUUCUAGGUGUUCCAGUAUGGCAAAGUUCCUUCUGUGAGCAUGUCCUGUCCUGUAUUUCAGGGCUCCUGGCCCAGUGAGUGUCUUGAUUGCUAACUCCCUGUUGGGAAUUGGGACCGCUUUUGGCCUCUGGACUCACAGUCCUAAUUAGUGACAGCUGGUUUGACUUUUAGCAGGUUUACACUUAGCUCUCUCCCAGGAACGAAUUGGUCUUUAUCCCCUUCCCCUAGUUGGGUCAUGGCAUUUGCCUUUAGUGACUGAAAUCUAGGAUCUGCAGAAAACCUGAACAAAUAUUCCCCAGCAGUUCCAAGCAGCACAGGGUGGGGCAGUGCCAGUUAUCAAAUUAAAUCCUCAAACAUUACUGCUCCGCAUCACUGCUCUGCUUUAGGGCUGCUACAGCAGUAGACAAAGGGAGGUUUUUGUUUGUCUUUUUUUGUUUUGCCAAUGUCCACACUAGAUAAUGGCACAUACUCAAACCUAGGUUCAUCUACCAAGGCUCAAGAAAAGAAUGGCCAGACAUGCUCCUCCUGACGAGGACAAUAUGCUUCCAAAUAGCCAUACCCCAGGCUUUCCUGGUGGCUCAGAUGAUAAAGAAACUGCCUGCAAUGCAGAAGACCCGGGAUCGAUCCCUGGGUUGGGGAGAUGCCCUGGAGAAAGGAAUGGCUACCCACUCCAGUAUUCUUGCCUGGAGAAUUCCAUGGAUGAGGAGCCUGGUGGGCUACAGUCCAUGGAGUCACAAAGAAUCAGACACGGCUGAGUGACUAACACUUUCACAAAAUCCCAGCUAGACCUUUCAGGGCAUUUGGUUUUUGUUUUUCUUUUUCCUGUGUAUUAAUGAAUCAGUCAAGCCCAUCCUUUACCUUUGCCAUGUGAGAGCAUUCAUCAGUUACUGUGCAUCACGAGAUUGCAAGCCCCUUGAGAGCAAGAACCGGACAGGAAUUUUCAUUAUAUAAAAGCUAUGUGACCGUGGACAUGUGUAAGAGCUUGAUAACCCUAGACACGCCUCGAACAGAGAUGGUGCAUAAUGCACACUUCUCUUGACCCCUCCCUGUCUCUCCACACCCUGCCUGCGGGAGGGCACUGCACCACUGGCUGGGUCUGUGGGGGCGGGGGAGGGUCUGUCCACAGGCCACGCCCGCCUGUCCCUGCUGGCACCCUGAACUCUUAGUACUCCAACCAGAGAUCCAACCCACCCCCCGCCCCGCAUUGGAAAUCCGAGUCUUAAGUGGUGGACUGCCAGGGAAGUCCACACCCUGAAUUCUAUGUCCCAGCUCUGCCAUUUUACUUUCCCUUUUCUUCUGUGAGGCACAGGGAAUAUAUUAGUCAUAUGACAAAAGCAGGAUGGGAUAGUUUAAGGAUGGUUUACUUUAAAAAGUCUGGUAAGUGAAAGCCCAAAGAGUGGACUGUGAAGAGGACCUGCCAAGCAGAGAGUCUGGGAGAACUGGAAUAAGAAUGAGAGAAGGAAACUCAGUUUGGAAAUACUCUGAUGUAAGCUUUUCAGCCCAUGUGCCACUGAAUUUAGGUAAGUUAGGAAGAGUUGCAGUACCUCAGAGUAAUUAGAACAGAGAUUUUAAGAUCAGGGAGGGAUUUCUUUCUGGUGAUACUGAGCAAAUUAUUUAACCUCUCUGAACCUCAAUUUUCCCACAAUAUAAGACAAAGGAAAUAUAUUCAGCUUAUGAGAAUUAAAUGAGAGAAGUAAAGUCAGUCAACGGAGGGUUUAACACAUUUGUCACCCCUUCGGUAAAUAAUCAUGCCUGUUACCAGAGCUCUUAACAAGGGAAGUGGCAAAGGCAAGCAGAACUUCCGGUGGGUGCCCCCACCACCACCACCUCGCCGCCGGGUCAGCCAGGCUUACGACAUGAACUUGGACAGGUCAUUGCCCACAUCACUGUGAGACAACAGUGCAGGGAUGCGCCAUGAGGAUGCGGCCGGAUGGCUGACAAGAGAUUGGGAAGUGACUUAGGAGGAAAGCAGGCGGGAUGCCUGCUCUGAGAGGCGUCACCUCCCCACUUGCUCUGUGAUGUUUCAGUCCCGGGAAGACAAGCGCCAUGUCUCUGAGCAGCGCCUUCUGGGCUGUGGGCAACGACCCUGGGAUCAUCACCUGGAGAAUAGAGCUACAAGAAAGGGGGUGUGGCCUCCGGGAUGAAGCACGUGGAGACCAACACCUACAACGUGAAGCGGCUGCUGCACGUGAAGGGGAAGAGAAACAUCCGGGCCACCGAGGUGGAAAUGAGCUGGGACAGUUUUAACCGCGGGGAUGUCUUCCUGCUGGAUCUUGGGAAGGUCAUCAUCCAGUGGAACGGCCCAGAGAGCAGCAGUGGGGAGCGCCUGAAGGCAAUGCUUCUGGCAAAGGAUAUUCGGGACAGGGAGCGAGGGGGCCGUGCUGAGAUAGGAGUGAUCGAGGGAGACAAGGAGGCAGCCAGCCCGGAGCUGAUGAAGGUCCUUCAGGACACCCUCGGCCGGCGCUCCAUUAUCCAACCGGCAGUCCCAGAUGAGGUCAUAGAUCAGCAGCAGAAAUCAAACAUCACGUUGUAUCAUGUCUCAGAUUCAUCUGGGCAGCUGGUGGUCACAGAGGUAGCGACGAGGCCUCUGGUCCAGGACUUACUGAAUCCUGAUGACUGCUACAUCCUGGACCAAAGUGGAACCAAGAUCUAUGUGUGGAAAGGAAGAGGAGCCACAAAGGUUGAGAAACAGAUGGCCAUGUCUAAAGCCCUGAAUUUCAUCAGGAUGAAGGGCUACCCCAGCAGCACCAACGUGGAGACCGUCAAUGACGGUGCCGAGUCGGCCAUGUUCAAGCAGCUGUUCCAGAAGUGGACGGUGAAGGAACAGACCGUGGGUCUGGGGAAAACGUUCAGCGUGGGUAAAGUUGCGAAGGUUUUCCAGGAUAAAUUUGAUGUAACUCUGCUGCACACCAAACCAGAGGUGGCAGCCCAGGAAAGAAUGGUGGAUGACGGCAACGGCAAAGUUGAGGUCUGGAGGAUAGAAAACCUGGAGCUGGUCCCCGUGGAGCACCAGUGGUAUGGCUUCUUUUAUGGGGGAGACUGCUAUCUGGUUCUCUAUACGUAUGAGAUGCAUGGGAAGCCUCAUUACAUCCUGUAUAUCUGGCAGGGCCGCCACGCCUCACAGGAUGAGCUGGCAGCCUCGGCAUAUCAGGCGGUAGAGGUGGACCAGCAGUUUGAAGGGGCCCCUGUGCAGGUUCGGGUUACCAUGGGGAAGGAGCCGCGCCACUUCAUGGCCAUCUUCAAAGGAAAGCUGGUCAUCUUUGAGGGUGGGACUUCUAGGAAGGGAAAUGCUGAGCCGGAUCCUCCAGUAAGACUCUUCCAGAUUCAAGGACAUAACAAAUCUAACACCAAAGCAGUGGAGGUCCCAGCCUUCACCUCCUCCCUAAAUUCCAAUGAUGUCUUUCUGCUGAGAACGCAGGCAGAGCACUACCUGUGGUUUGGCAAGGGGUCUAGUGGAGAUGAGCGGGCGAUGGCUAAGGAGCUGGCUGGACUUCUCUGUGACGGUACUGAGAACACAGUGGCUGAGGGCCAGGAGCCAGCUGAGUUCUGGGACCUGCUGGGAGGGAAAACUCCCUAUGCCAGUGACAAAAGACUACAGCAGGAGAUCCUAGAUGUCCAGUCUCGUCUCUUUGAAUGUUCCAAUAAGACUGGCCGGUUCACUGUCACUGAGAUCAUAGACUUUACCCAGGACGACCUGAACCCAGGUGACGUGAUGCUCCUGGAUACCUGGGACCAGGUGUUCCUGUGGAUCGGGGCUGAGGCCAAUGCUGCAGAGAAGAAGAGUGCUCUGUCUACCGCCCAGGAGUACCUGCACACUCACCCCAGCGGCCGAGACACCGGCACACCGAUCCUGAUCGUUAAACAGGGAUUCGAGCCUCCCAUCUUCACAGGCUGGUUCCUGGCCUGGGACCCUCACAUUUGGAGCGCAGGGAAAUCGUAUGAACAGUUAAAAGAAGAGCUGGGAGAUGCUGUUGCUAUCACAAGAAUCACUGCUGAUAUGAGAGACACAACCCUUGCCCUGAAUUCUGAGCCAAAAUAUUACCCCCUAGAAGUUCUGUUGAAAAAUCAGAGUCAGGAGUUGCCAGAGGAUGUGAACCCUGCCAAAAAGGAGAAUUACCUCUCUGAAAAGGACUUUGUUUCUGUGUUUGGCAUCACAAGAGGGCAGUUUGCUGCUCUGCCUGGCUGGAAACAGCUCCAGAUGAAGAAAGAAAAGGGGCUUUUCUGAGGCAAGAAGGCAUCUGCCUAUUGCAAGAUCCCAGAAGAGAGCAGUCAGUGCCAAUGUAAGGAAAGAGUUUCUCUAAUUUCUGCCUAAUGUCCAGCUACUUAAUAGAGAGAUAGUAGAGCCUGCCAAUCACAGCAUGUACUCCAUUUUUCUCAUCCCUGCAUUUCUUAGUUGUCAUAUACCUAAAAUGUUAGCUGCUCACUUUGAAAUUUUUAUGGUCUUCUGGCUGCAGCCUUAGCAGAAAACACUAAAACUGCAAGAAAAUCUGGAGAAGUCAAAAGUAAGAGAACAGAAAAAUUGUUUAAAGUGCUUAAUUCUGGGGCAAGGGCCUAAGUUUGUUUUAAAUUUUAAGGUUUGUAUUUUCUAUUUAACCCACAAAUCAUCAAAGUUAGUCACAUAUAUACCCUGAAGUCAAAAAAUCUAAAUGCUCAAAUCUGUAUGUGCCAGAAGUUUUUAAGUUUUCAAAUAAAGAUACCUAUAAGAACAAA